GUUGCUAGAAGUUGACACGCAGGCUUCAGAUGCGGAACUCUGGGCAGCAAUUAUGCCUGGCGAUGCAGCAGUUCCUGCUGCAGAGCACAUGGACAAGACUGUGGAGCAGUGGUUGAUGUACCUGGCUGAGACGGGAGAGCAGGUGUUGAUGAGUAAAUGUGAGCAGUUGAUUGCUGCGCUUGAGCGCGAGGGUGAGCGGGCGCUGGGUAGACUACGAGAGUGUUGAUACAUGAUUAUAAUACAGAUAUAAGAAGAAUAUAACAAUAUUAGUAAGAUAUAAUAGUAGUAGAAUAUCAAAUAUGACGACAACUUCAAGAAAGUUUUGCUUCAAGCUGCGUGCGGCGGCUUCUGCUAAAUUAAGACAUCGAAAUCCCUCGUUUCAACCUCCACAACCACCUUCUUCUUCCUCUUCUUACACAAAGACAAACAUGGCAAACCCGCCAGAGAUCUCUGUCGACUGCGGCACAGACGACGAUCAAGAGACCGACACUCUCUCGCAGAAAUCAGGCUCUUCCGUCACCGGCGGGAUCCUCGUGCAGCAGCAGCAGCAGCAGCAGCAGCAGCAGCAGCAGCAUCAUCAUCAUCAGUCGCCCUCUGGAUCUGGAGCUGCGCGCCAUGUGUCGUUUGACGAAGGACGCGCGUUGACAGAGAAGAAGGAUAAAGAGCGCGAGAUGGAACGCGAAAAAGAGCAGGAGCGCGAGCGUAAGCGGACGACUGGGUUUAAUGGUUUUCAAGAGCGGUUCGCGUCGCGGUGGGGGAGGAGUCCUAGUCCGGCUGCGCGGAGGUCGUCGAACGAUGUCACAGAUGACGAGGACGACGAGGAUGAGAAAAGAGCAGAGAAGGAGGGACAGGAGAGGUUGGGUGUCGAAGAAGGCAAGAAGCAGAAGCAGCGGAGACGGGCGCUGAGUCCGGCUGUGAGGAGACGAACAGAGGAUGAGGACGAGGUCGGCGAGUCCGGCAGACGGCUUGAGAAGUUGUCUGUGCACGACGACAGCAGUUCCCGGCGCGGACAGUCUGUCGAGCGGCUGUCUUCGUCGUCGAGGAAGUCGUUUUUCGGAAACAAAAAGUUCAAUCCGGAAGAUCCCGAGACGGAGGAAGAAAAGCAGACGAGGAGACGGCUGAAUAUUGUGACUUCGUUUAUUCGAAAACAGAGAAUCGGCAUGAUGACCUCGAGGACUAUCAAGGGGUGGCUGGUUUCCAGUUCUAUUGCCAUUGCUGAGAUGGUGAGCUGCAUAGUUGUGUUUGUUGUUUGUUGUUUGAUUGUUUCAUUUCUGACAGUGAUGUUUGUAGGAGUAUGGAGUUGAUUUUAUGUUUCAUGCAAACACUCGCACUUGCAAGGUCGAAGAUCUUGACGACGACAAUCACGUCAAUCUGUCUUUUCAAAACAGCGAGACCGUAUGUGUUUGUGUUUUGUCCCGAUCUGCUUCU